AUGACCUAUGACGAGUUUCACGCUAACUCUGGUCACCUCAGUCGUAUGGCCACACUCCGCCUGGCCAAACGUCACAACAUUGCCCUCACCUACCCUCCUAAGCCGUCUGUUCAGACUAAUGCCUGGCAACUCAAUCCUACUGAAUGGCGGCCUGCGCUUCUAAAAGUGAUACACAUCUUCGAUACUACGCGAGCCCAGACGGUUCCGGCCUCUAUACUGAUUGGCGUGACAUCGAUUUCCUUUUUGAAUCUGCAUAUACCAAUCCUAAGUGGGAGGACCUCUACGAAAUUACUCACCAUAUCACGAAGGUAG